AUGGAGACGAUAAAUUGUACAGUGAAAGAAAACUCCACUCAAAAACAAUGUGAUAGACAUCCAUCUGGAGAUCGACUGAAAGAAGUGUAUUCUCAAUUCUCAUCGGAUUCAACGUCGACGAAAAAUGCAGAGCCGGCACUGGCGACAACACGUUUUCUCUGCUCGAAAUACAUGGGCGGAAUUUGGGCACGGGCAGCCGCCACCGAUUAUUCUGUGAAACCAAUCACUGGUGGAAUGUCAAACCUCCUUUUUCUUGUCGAGUUGCAAGGAGAGGAAGCGAAAAAUGCGAAUGAACCGACGAAGACUUUGCUGAGAAUACACUGCCAAGGAGAUUUGAAUCAACAAUUGACCGAAUCUGUCGUCUUCACGCUGUUGUCGGAAAGAGGACUUGGUCCACGGCUAUUGGGUAUUUUCCCUGGUGGACGGUUUGAACAGUUUAUCGAAUCGCGAGCGCUUACCUGUUCCGAAAUAUCGCAACCCAGAUUUGCUCGAAUAUUGGCUCCGAUGGUUGGCCGUGUACAUACACUCGAUGUUCCGAUCACAAAAGAGCCACAGACAUUGCUUGUCAUCAAAAAUUGGAUCGCCGAGUUAGAAGAAUUGAUUGGCGAGCGAGAUAUUAAAAUUACCACAAAACAAGCAAAAGUUGAUGUCAAUAGGGUACCUUCUACAAUAAGGGCCAACGAUUUGUACAAAGAGGUCGAAUUUUAUCAGAAAUUCCUUGAUGUCGCCAACAGCCCAAUUGUCUUCAGCCACAACGAUCUACAAGAAGGUAAUUUUCUCCUCGCAAAUGGAUACAGAGUUGAAGAGGAUGGAGUGAAAGCCGAAGGGAAAGUAGAAAACAACACCGAUCCUAUGGUUCUAAUCGACUUCGAAUAUGCUUCUUACAACUAUAGGGGUUUUGAUUUUGGAAAUCAUCUUUGCGAGUACGCUUUUGAUUAUUCGUCUUCCGAAGCUCCUUUCUAUGAGAUUUUUUCGGAUCGUUUCAAUGAUGUAGAAGGACGUCGAACAUUUGCUACCGCUUACGUUGACAAAAUUUACGAGUUGAAAUCAUCGGCCGAAAUGCCACAUUUCCCUUCGGAUUUGGUCACGGGUGAUCGUGAAAAGGACAUCGAAAAAGUUGUAGAAGAAUCCAUACUCUUUAUGUCACUUUCCCACUUGUUCUGGUCGUGUUGGGCACUUGUGAAUGCAGAAAAUGCACUAGUACAAUUCGAGUAUGGGAGCUACGGGCGAGAUCGAUUGGCGCUUUAUUUUGACGCGAAACAUUUGCUAGAGGAAUUUAUCAGAAAACAUUCUUCG